AGAAUCUUUCUCUCUCCAUCAUUAUCCACGAAGAAGAAACCCUAGAAAGGAGGUUGAAGAAGAAGGAUUACAAGGCAUGGCAGGAGUAGGACCGAUGACUCAGGAUUGGGAGCCCGUGGUGAUCCGUAAGAAGACUCCCAACGCUGCCGCCAAGCGCGACGAGAAGACUGUCAACGCUGCUCGGAGAAGCGGCGCCGAAAUCGAAUCCGUCAGAAAACACAAUGCUGGAACGAACAAGGCGGCUUCAAGCGGCACCUCCUUGAACACCAAGAGGCUUGAUGAUGACACUGAGAACUUAGCUCAUGAACGUGUGCCUACUGAGUUGAAGAAAGCCAUCAUGCAAGCCCGAGGGGAGAAGAAGCUCACCCAGUCCCAACUCGCUCAACUGAUCAAUGAGAAGCCACAAGUGAUCCAGGAAUACGAGUCUGGGAAAGCAAUUCCGAACCAGCAGAUCCUUAUUAAGCUGGAGAGGGCACUUGGAGCUAAACUCCGUGGAAAGAAGUAAUAACAAGAGCUCCUCAAAGGUAACAAGAAGAAGAGAUGUUUCUCUCCAGUUCAUAUGCGUGGUUUAGUAGAGUUCUGCGAGGAAUCUUUUAUGGUGUGUAAGAAAACAAAGAAACAAAAGCUGUUUGGAACCUUUUGUCUUUAUAAAUAAUCCACUCGUUCUCUUUGCAUA